AUGUCGGGCCCAUCGCAAGCUGAUAGUGCGGCUGCUCAACAGCAGGAACUUCUCCACAUGUCAUAUAGAGAGCCAUUUCUCGCCGCGCAACUAAAUGCCAAUAAUGUUCUUGAUUAUUUCUCGAACAUUGCCAAUCCUUUCUACGAUCGGCAGUGCAAUAAUGAGCAGUUGCGGAUGCAGGGUAGGUCGUUAGACUCGCUCGUCAACAUGCCGGGAAUUGAAUACACCCUGCAUCAUUACCAAGAGCCAGUUUUAUACAUUAUCCAGAAACGAAGAAGAACGAUCACAGACAGUGGUCAGCAACUAGAACCCCUGGCUUACUACCAUAUCAUUUGCGGCACUGUGUAUAUGGCUCCAGAUCUGGCUUCCGUUCUGAACUCCCGCCUCGCCACUGCUCUCGACCGCGUUCACAACGCCUUCAAAAAGUGCCAAAAAGCUUCCAACUUCGACCCCGACAAAGGCUACUCAUGGAAUUGGGGAGAUGGCGACAAGACAAAAGAGCAACAGGCAAAGGAAAAAGAGGACGAAUAUCAUCGACAGCGCCAAAAAGUGGCAACACCGUUUCAGAGGAAUAGAGUCGACAUUCUUCUUGGGAAAAUGCAGCGAACUCAUCCGCAUAUAUUCUUCCAACCGGCGCCUAAUAAAGAGCCAAUCGAAGUAAGAAUGCUCGAAUUGAUCAAAAAUAACGAGUUUAGCUUCAUCACCCGAAAGUCGAAGCAAAACCGACUCCUCGUCCUACAGAAAAUGAGCAUUUUUGACCAACUUGAUAAUGGCCCUGUAUCAGAGAUCGAUAUCCCCGCUGAAUUCGAUUCAAGAGACAUUGCAGGAUGGCUAUGGAGAAUGCCGAUCGUUCUCAAGAAAGAUUAUAUAACAGGAAACCUGUUAUCGACCGUUAUGGAUGUCCUCCAAAACCUUGCGCCUAUCCAUUAUCCUCCAAAGCUGAUUGAGGAGUUCAUCGUCUGUCUCGGAUCGAAAGUCACCGAGAAAAACUCGCUGGAAGAUCGCGUAGCGGUAGCGCGUUUCAUAACCUGGUUGAUGGACUCGAAGGACUUCUACAGACGAACUGAGAACUUUGCCUCGCUCGAGACGCUAAUCAUCUGGGCCUGCGAAAAUUUGACCUUGAGUGCGUCCAGCUCAAUUUUGCUUGGUCUGCUGAGUUCUGUCACCCAACUCAGUCCUGCUUAUGUUCCGAUGGUUCAGGAGAAACUGACGAAAUCUGCGAGGCAGUUUUUGCUUGAAGUGGUGCAGAGAAAAGAGAGUCGGGAGAACAUGACGCUGAAGCUGCAAUCUAUUCGUUUGAUCUCCAAUCUUGCCACCGUUUCUACCAGCUCGCAGACGUCUCAAUUCGUCUCUAGUUUUAUGAAGAGCGAAGAUAACCGUCGAUAUGCCCGCGAUCUCGUAAGAAACGAACUGAAAGUGAACACAGGGGGAGUUGAUGGUCUAAACGCUGCCUGCUUUUACAUUUACAGGGAGUGCAUUCGAGACGAACAUGCUUUCCUUCUGUAUGAAGCUGAAGCGACAAGCAGUGAGAGCAUAAUUGCUUUGAGUCUCCGAAUGAUCAGCAAUCAAUCCGAGUUCGAUUCAAAUAAAAUCUCUCUUGUGCUAAAGCUUCUCUACCAUCUUACAAAACUAUCGAAAUCCCUUUCUGAUCUGAUUGGGAAGCAGAUUUCAAUGAUCGAAGAAGACGCUGGCGAGAUUUCCCCACGAAGCUGGGCGAUGAUCAGAAAGUGCCCGCUGAAGCACGCUGCCCUUCCUAUCUGGGCUGGUCGUCUAUGUCUUCACUACUGGUCCGAAAACGGCACAAGCGUUGCAGACAUUCCCGAUCUUUUACCAAGCGUCCAGAACGAACUUGGGAUGAUCUUGAAUGUAAUUGGAAAGACCGGCCAUGUGAAUGCAAUCUUCCUCUAUCAGAAGAUAUUCAUUCUCUCCGAAAUUCUUCAGCUGGCUUCUCCUGUUGAAAGUUCUACUCAAUUCGAGAACGAUGCGGACCCGAUUUUAGAAAUCCUGCACGAAAUCGUUAAUUUAAAGCUAGAAGGUAGCUUUGUCGCGAAAGGCUUUUGUGGACUGGCUGCUUGGCUUAAUUAUCCGCCAAAAGAGCUGAACAUUCACCUCCAAAAAUACCUCCGUCAUCUGGUCUUUUGUAAAGACGACAAAGACAACGCUCUAUUUGGAGUUAAAGUUCUUCGCAGAUUUAAUGAAUCUACCAUCGAGACGACUGACUUCAUCUGCAUCGCGGACAGCGCGCAUGGGUCAAGUGCUAGAAACAUGCCCGAAUGUACGCCUCACAAAUUAAAGCGAUCAUUCAGCGAAAUGUCCACAGAAUGCGAGGAUGAUAAAGAAAAUGUAAGCAACAGUUCCAAGAAAUCUCGUGAUUCAGGACAUAAGUGGAACUCAAUGAUUGAAGACGAAUAUAAACGACAGAUUCGAGGGCUAGAACUGCUGUUAGAACAGGAGAGAAACUCGAGAAGGGGCCUCGAAGAAUACAUUUCGAACAUGUCCAAUUCUGAUCGGUGGUGGCAAAAGAACAUCAUCGACCUGAGCAGCGACAACCAGGCCCUGAUUCAACAAGUCGAAAGCUCUUCAGCCAAAAUCGAGGAGUACAAAGCGAAGACUGCGAAGUAUCAGCGAGAGCUUAAAAAUCAAAGAAACGAGGCUACGGACUUGCGAACGAAGCUCCAGGCGGCCGAGUCUAAAGUCUAUUCUUUGACAAACGAGAUAGCCGACAACCGAAAGAACGCCAAUGAAGCAAUGGCGAAUUUGCAGCGUCUUUUCGGCGGCAAAAAAUAA